AUGCCGUGUAACCCGCAAGCAUUUGCUCAGUUCUUUGCGGCAUUUGAAACCUUUUAUAGGCAGUGUCGGCCAGGGGCCAUACCACUCCCAGCGCCACCGCCAGCCUCCCAAGGUUACAUUCCUGGCACCCUUCCCAGUAAUCAGGAACAACCAAGUACCUCUGCCUCUGGUUCGGGGAUAGCCCCACUGGGACCCGCCGCUGGGUCACCACGUAUAACUCGCUCUCAAUCUGCUCGCUCCCUUGGGUCUAAUUCAGGCUUCUCUGGUGGCAGAGCACCUCCUGAGAGGUCUAGCAAUACUAAAUCUCAUCAGGACAUAGGUGUGCCCAGUUUCUUUCAGGAAGCAGCGCAGCAGCUCACGUCGGUGGAAGGAGAUUCCGGAUCAUCGUAUGAAGAGGAACAACAGGGAUGCCAUGAUGACCCCCCGGCCGCUGCCCAGACUGUUGCUGACACUGAGCAGCAGGGUGGGAAAAGGAAGUCCAAGAAGAAACACACUUCGAAAAAAGGCAAGAAAAGCAGGAAGUCAGAUUCCGAGGACGGGUCAGGUACCUCUUCUUCCGAUUCGGAUAGCGACGCCCCCAUGGAGGCUUACUGGGGCUUGGGCGAGGAUAAUUCUGGGCUUCCUUUGUGGGUGCAUGAAAGGAGGGCUAACUCCCACCGUAAGUCCUUUAACGGGUCCCUGGAGUGGAAAGGGGGGGCAUUGGUGGAAGACGUAAAAACAUCCACCAAUGUGUCGGCCGAUUUUAUAUUGGGAAAUCAUUUAUCUAAGAAAAAGAGGACCAAAAUACUCAAUGGGCACUACAUCAACAUAUUUACGCUCCUCCCCCUGACAGGUAAAGGGGAGAAAAAACGCAUUUAUGGGAAGCGGAGAUACAGAACCCCGCAGGCGGAACGUACUUUUGAAAAUUGGUUAGAUAGCUACCAGGUCUUCAUGGGGGUAGUUUCCGCAGCUUAUCCAAAACGUGCUAUGCAUCUCAUAGCACACAUGGCACACGUUAGAAGGGCCUUUACGCUAGCAGGGGAGAAUGCCGCCUUAUCUUAUGACAAGGAUUUCCGUAGAAACGCGUCACUUCUGCCAUCCACUCGCUGGGAAUUGAGGGACGAGAACUAUUGGAUGGAUCAUGUAGGUCCAUAUGUUAAGAAGAAAUCCCAGGAUUCUCCAAAGGUGAGAAAGAUGGAGCCAAAACGACGUCGGCAAUGUUGGGAUUUCAACAGGGGGGUCUGUUCCCAACCCACAUGUAAGUAUGCACACGAAUGCGAAAGGUGCCUCGGUAAUCACCCGGGCUCCGCCUGCCCCAAAGGAAAGCAGCUCUUUCGAGGCGGCAGGGGAUACUCCCACCAAGGUCCUAGGGGUACCUUCGGACACCCACAGAGGACCUCCGGGAACUGCCAGUAA